AUGGUUUAGUGAGGGAGAGAGAGAGAGAGAGAGAGAAAAAAAAAAACUGGUUCACAGAGUAUAUUGUGAGAGAAAAAUCAAUUUGUAGUCUAGAGAGAGAGAGAGAGAGAGAGAGAGAGAGAGCGGUAGAGGGUCUUCCCUUCACUUGGUUCACCACCUGCUGCUUCACUGUUUUUCAAAAAUCACACUUUCUGCUGCACUGUUUAUCUUUUUUGCCUUUUUAUUUUUCAUCACCUUAAGCAAUUUCUAGGUGGUGGUGUGGGGUACAUGAUUCAUUAUUGACCUUUAAUGCUCUUUCACUCGAUUUUGCUUUGAAGUCUCUUAAAAGAGAAAGACAGUUUCAGUUAGAGAAAGAGAGAGAUCAUGGCAGGAGGAGGAGCUCCGGCGCCGAAAGCAGAUGAACCGCAGCCGCACCCACCAAAGGAUCAGCUACCCAACAUUUCUUAUUGCAUUACAAGUCCUCCUCCGUGGCCGGAGGCUAUACUACUUGGCUUUCAGCAUUAUCUUGUGAUGCUUGGCACAACAGUUCUUAUUCCUGCUUCACUUGUUCCGCAAAUGGGGGGUGGAAAUGAGGAGAAAGCGAAGGUGAUCCAGACAUUGCUUUUUGUUGCUGGUUUGAACACAUUGCUGCAAACAUUGUUUGGAACUAGGUUACCUGCUGUGAUUGGAGGCUCCUACACCUUUGUCCCAGCCACAAUCUCAAUUAUUCUUUCUGGCCGAUUCAGUGACGUUCCAGACCCUAUUGAGAGGUUUAAGAGGACAAUGCGAGCAAUCCAGGGUGCCCUGAUUGUUGCGUCCACUCUUCAAAUUGUCCUAGGCUUUAGUGGCCUUUGGCGAAAUGUUACAAGGUUUUUAAGUCCACUUUCUGCUGUUCCUUUGGUUGGUCUAGCUGGUUUUGGGCUGUAUGAGUUUGGUUUUCCUGGGGUAGCUAAAUGUGUUGAGAUUGGCCUGCCCGAGCUUAUCAUUUUAGUAUUUGUUUCACAGUAUAUGCCCCAUGUUCUACAUUCAGGGAAAAAUAUAUUUGAUCGUUUUGCUGUCAUAUUUGCCGUGGUGAUUGUGUGGAUUUAUGCUCACCUACUUACUGUUGGUGGAGCUUAUAACCACGCUGCCCCAAAGACACAAGCUAGCUGUCGUACUGAUCGUGCUGGUCUUAUUGAUGCAGCUCCAUGGAUAAGAGUUCCAUGGCCCUUUCAAUGGGGACCACCAGCAUUUGAUGCCGGUGAAGCUUUUGCCAUGAUGGUGACUUCUUUUGUUGCACUGGUUGAGUCCACUGGUACUUUUAUUGCGGUCUCAAGGUAUGCUAGCGCAACGAUGUUGCCAUCUUCUAUUCUCAGCCGCGGUAUUGGUUGGCAGGGAGUUGCAAUUUUGAUUUCUGGGCUGUUUGGCACUGUGAAUGGAUCUUCUGUUUCUGUAGAGAAUGCUGGUCUUUUGGCCUUGACACGUGUUGGCAGCCGAAGGGUUGUUCAAAUAUCUGCUGGCUUCAUGAUUUUCUUUUCUGUUCUUGGAAAAUUUGGAGCAGUCUUUGCUUCAAUUCCGGCACCAAUAAUUGCUGCUUUGUACUGUCUCUUCUUUGCUUAUGUUGGUGCUGGAGGUCUAAGUUUUCUUCAGUUUUGCAAUCUUAACAGCUUCCGGACAAAGUUCAUACUAGGCUUCUCCAUCUUCAUGGGCUUGUCUGUGCCACAGUACUUCAACGAGUACACUGCAAUUAACGGUUUUGGUCCAGUCCACACUAGGGCAAGAUGGUUCAAUGACAUGAUAAAUGUCCCUUUCUCGUCGGAAGCAUUUGUUGCGGGCUGUUUGGCCUUCUUUUUAGAUAAUACAUUGCAUCAUAAGGAUGGUGCCAUCAGGAAAGACAGGGGUAAACACUGGUGGGAUAAGUUCAGGUCCUAUAAAAGUGACACAAGAAGUGAAGAAUUUUAUUCACUGCCCUUCAAUCUAAACAAAUAUUUCCCAUCUGUGUGACGUGCCCGUGCCAGAAUUAUGAGUUAUUAGGUGAUGCUCUAAAAUAUGGUUUCCUUAAUAUCUUCUGAAUUCCUCCUUUCUGGCUCACAUGUUUAAUCACAUCAAGGAUCACUUCUUAAAAGCCUGUAACAUGAUAUUGCUCUGUAUAAGAUAGUCUCCUUUAUAGGAUGCCUUAGAACAUUUGUUGAAUUGUUUUUCCUUGCUGUAAAUCCAAUGGGAGGUGUGGAUUUUAUGUAUCAAUGAAGCGAUUAUAUUGCUUUGUCA